AUUUUUUGAAAAUUUUUGAGAAUUUAUGAGAAUGUGUUGAUUAUUCCAAAGCAAACUGUGCUAACUGCAUAUAUAUAAUUAAAACCCCUCAAAACACACACACUACACACUAUCUCAAGUGGCACAACAACAAUGGGUAGCUCGUCGUCCGAGGAUGAGGAGGAGGCCUUAUUCCCGAACUACCCCUACGCCCUAUACUUUGUCAAGAGCCCGUCCACCGCCUCCCAUGCUGACGUGUACAGCUCCAAAUCGUGGUCUGAUUCAGGCGGGGGAUGGUGGUUUCGGUAUUUUACGUUUGGUUAUUUUGAUUCGGGUUGUUGGGUCCUGCUGCAGUUGGGGUGGAGGUUUUUGCUGAGUUUGGCCAUUGCUCUCAUUGUUUUCUACAUUGCUGCCAACCCACCACCUCCUAAUAUUUCUCUUCAGAUAGUUGGCUUCCGGCAAUUCAGAUUAGGUGAGGGAGUGGAUGGGUCAGGCGUCACCACCAAAUUACUAAGCUGCAAUUGCUCAAUAGACCUAAUUGUUGAUAACAAUUCCAAGCUCUUUGCCCUUCACAUCCAUCCUCCACUUAUGGAAAUAUCAUUUGGCCAUCUACCUUUUGCAAUGUCACAGAGCAAAGAAUUGUAUGCAGGAAGUAAUGAUAUAACAUUGUUCAGAUUAAAUGUUGGGACAAGGAAUAAGCCAUUGUACGGAGCAGGUAGAAACAUGCAAGACCUGCUACAAUCUGGUGAGGGUCUGCCUUUGGUGGUUAGGGUGGGCUUCACAUCAAGCUUUCAUGUUGUUUGGGGGCUUAUUGUUUCAAAAUUUCACCAUGAAGCCCAAUGUUUAGUGGUUCUCAGCAAUAAAUAUGAUAAGAAACACAAGACCCAAGUUUAUAACAGCACUUGUAUGGUUUAUUCAUAGCAUUUAGCAAUGGGGAACUAUCUAUUUAAACAUUUAUAUUCCAAACAGUACUUUUUCCAUAUACUAUCAUGAUAUCAUCUAGUUAUGUUGAUUUUAAUUUGUACUAAAUGUAUACUACACAUUUAUAAUCUCAAUAGUUUAUUAUUAUAGAUUCGAU